CAAGCACCACCAUUGCCGCCCCCAUUCCUCUCCCUCCCCUCUCCCCGGCGUCCUCACCUCUCCCCGGUGUCCUCACCUCUAGUUUAUUCUGUCCCUUCACCCCCGCCCCUCUCUCUCUUUGGAGGGGGGCGGUGGUGUUCUGCAAAAGCUUCGAUGGAGUUCAGAUCUGGGUGUCGCCUGGGUUUCCUAGAUUCAGAUCACAUCAGCACCCUUACCGAUGAUCUACUCCUUCUCAUCCUUGUCAGGCUCCCCUGCAUCAAAGUUGUGGCGCGCACAAGCAUCCUCUCACAGCGAUGGUGUGGCCUCUGUGCCCAUCUCCGCCAAAUAAUCUUUCGCGAGGUCGUGUUCGACCCGAUCGAACCAGCACUCCGCCAGAUCUCUUGUCCUCCUGCAGUUUCCCUGUUGGAAAUCCACGCCCCUGAGCAAGACAUGGCCAGCACCGCACAAGUCAACUCGUUGUUGUCUGUCGCUGCGGAACUUGAGCCGAAGGAGUUCGUCGCCUCCUUAACCUCAAGCUUUGGCCUAUUAUCCAGGACCAUCAUCAUUGAUUUGCCUUGCUUCCACCGCACCACCUGCAUCAUGCUGGACCAUGUAUACAUUCGCUCUGUGCCAGUCGGCAUCGAGUUCCCUAUGCUCGAGACGUUGCCCCUACUGCACUGCAAUGGCAACCUCGAUGCCUUGCUCUCAUGCUGCCCGCGGUUGCGCACCCUCCUCCUCAGCGGCAUUUUAUUUGAGACAUCUGAUCUAAGGGUGAAUUCACCGUCGCGACAGGAGCUUGUUGUAAACUCAUUCUCGACAGAGCGUGUCAACAUUGUAGCCCCCAUGCUUAAGAAAUUGGAGAUUCUCUUUACCGUGAUGUUGGAGGUUAACAUUUCGGUGUUGGCACCAAUUAUGGAGAAUGUCUGGUGGUACUGCUGCUACACAGAGGAGUCUAUUGUGUUUGGCCUUUGGUAUCUUGAGUUGUUGGGAUUUCAGGCGGCAGAUAGACAAGGACAACUCCCUUUGUUGCAUAUUCGUGCAAGUGUAGAUUCGUCACUUUUCCCCUAUGAGCCAAACUUUGCAUAGGAGAUAGAGAAGCAUAUGGUUGUUGACUUCUCUCCUUUGGAGCUAGAUCUCAAAAUAGAUGGACAUGUUUUUGGAGCACUCGUGUUUUAUCUCCUUCAGAUUAAUCAAAUUUCUAGUUCAAUGCAGAAGCUUAAGAUCAUCCUAUUAAGAUCAGUGGUAAUUAAUUUUCUGCUCUAACAAUAUCUCAAUAAUAGAUUGUGU